AUGACUCAAUUCGACCAUUCUACCACUGGACGCGAGGUUGUCUCGGCCUUUUCAGACAAGGUUUCUGGAAGAACUUUUGUUAUCACCGGUGCUAGCCAUGGCGGAAUUGGUGCCCAUGUCGCACUUUGCCUUGCUGCCGCGCACCCUGCCGAGAUCCUCCUUCUCGGCCGUAGCCAAGACAAAAUCGACCCAGUGAUCAAAGAGAUCCAAGCGAUUAGCCCUGCCACCAAGGUGAAGUUCAUCAAGGUCGACCUGGCAUCCUCGGAUUCUGUCCGCGCGGCUGCUAAGGAGGUUGCCUCUACCGUCUCGAAGAUCGAUGUCCUGAUCAACAACGCCGGGAUUAUGGCUCCGAAGUACUCGAUCACGUCUGACAACGUGGAGUCUCAGUUCGGCGCUAACUACGUUGGACAUUUCCUCCUGACCAAUCUCCUCGUUCCCCAGCUUGAAGCUGCUAGCAAUGGGGCCCGAGUCGUGAACGUCUCUAGCCUGAUGUACCAGUUCAGCCCCGUGCAGUUCGACGACUACAACUUCUCCAAUAGCACUCCUUUCAACACCUGGGAAGCGUACGGCCAGUCAAAGACUGCCAACAUUCUGUUCGCUGUUACCUGUGCCGAAAAGUUGGCAAGCAAAGGAAUCAAGAGUUAUUCUCUGCAUCCCGGCAACAUCCAGGCGACUAAGCUUGCGGCCACCAUCGACCCAGCCGAGUGGCCCGUUGUGAUGAAAUUGUUCGAGGAGAAGCAGAUCGAAAUGCCGAGAACCAAGACCAUCGAAGAGGGCAGUUCUACUACGCUUGCUGCUGCAUUGGACCCGGAGCUUGAUGCUUUCUCUGGAGCGUUCUUGGAUGAUUGCCACCCGAAGAAGCCCUUGGACUAUGCUUCCGAUCCUACCAAUGGCAAGAAGCUUUGGGCAUUGACCGAGAAAAUCCUCGGAGAGAACUUUUCCUAUUAG